AUGGACCUAGAGAGCCAGGGCCAUUUACCACAGCCAUCACAGUCAUCCCAGUCCUCGCAGCCGUCGCAGUUGUCGCAACCAUCACAUCCAUUACAGCCAUCGCAGCUAUCACAUCCUCGGCCGAAAGUCAGUCGAUUAAGAGACAAGCCCCAGCUCUCGUGUAACGCCUGCCGACGUCGCAAAUCACGAUGUGACCGUCAACAGCCAUGUUCCUCCUGCUCUAGCCGUGGCCAGAUAUGUACCUACGUGGAUAACUCAGGGCUCAUGGGUUCUUCAAAGGCGUCGUCCGGGACAGCGCCUGUCGUAUAUGACCGUUUGGCUCAGUUAGAGCGCUUGGUCGUUUCGCUGAUGACCGACUCGGCGAACAAGGCACAAGCACAUCCUCCCCCAGGCUCCGAAGUCUCAGGUUCAUCAAGAAUCCCAAAUCCACCACCCAGUGAUAUAGCUGGCGAUGCUGUGGAUGGUCGCUCGGAGUGUGGUAGUAUGCAAAUCAGCGAUUCAGACUUUCACUACGUUGGGAAUCAUCAUUGGGCGACUAUCCUCGAUGGAAUCGCGGAUCUCAAAGACCAUCUCGAUCAUGAUGAGCAGUUCAGCCUCGCAAGCACCCCGUCGGAUCUUGACCUUGAUGAGCACGGAAAUCGCUUGGCCCGCCCUCGGUCGGGAUAUGCGCUUCUGCUGUAUGGAGGGCGCCGGUUAGGCUCAAAGGAAGAGAUUCUGGCAGCGUUGCCUCCGAGAUCUGCUGUAGAUCGAUAUGUUGCUCGUUAUUUCAACUACCUCGACCUAGUUUCCUCUUCUGCGGUGCAUGGCCCAAGUUUUCUACGUGAGUAUGAGGCAUUCUGGGGAAAUCAGUCGGGCACGCCUAUUAUGUGGAUUGGUCUUCUCUUCAGCAUGAUUUGUCUGGCAUGCCUUACCUCCGAGGUCCCAUCUGAACCUAAUCCCGAGGAUAUAUCGCUCCAAGUCGAUCUCUAUCGCGAGAAGAUCGUGCAGUGCUUGACACUAGGGGAAUAUACAAGGUCAGGGCCAUAUGUUUUGGAGACGGUCAUAAAUUACACAUAUGCGGAAUUUUGCAUUCGAACCGAUGCCGAUAAGGACAUCUGGUUCCUACUGGCUCUGGAGGUCAAUUUGGCGAUGCGAAUGGGCUAUCACCGUGACCCAAGUCACUUCGCCGGGAUCUCACCCUUUCAAGGCGAAAUGCGUCGUCGACUUUGGGCAACAGUUCUAAUGGGUGACAUACUGAUCUCCAAUCAAAUGGGCAUGCCGCGAAUGAUCUCCGACAGCAAAUGGGAUACUUCCGAGCCACGAAACUUGAAUGACACGGAUUUCGACGAACAAUCCACUGAGUUGCCUCUCUCACGUCCCCUCACUGAGUAUACAAACUCCCUUGGAAUCAUCGCCCGAAGGCGGAUUCUCGCGGCACUUGGGGCCGUGAUAGAUCUGACUGACGCAGUCAGGCCAUGUACAUAUGCCGAUGUCAUGCAUGUUGAUUCCAUGAUCGAAGAGGCGGCAGCUAGCAUCCCCCCACCAUUAAAGCUCAAGUCCAUGGCAACAAGUAUGACUGACGCACCACAGAUCAUUAUGGCCCGGUUAUUCCUAUAUCAUAUGAUCUACAAGGGACAGGUUGUCCUUCACAAGAGGUUCUUCUACCCCAAGUCGGACAAUUCCGAUGAUCAAGCGACCUCUUACUCGCGUAAGGUCUGCUUGGAAGCUUCCCUUGGUACACUUGAGAUCCAACAUAUUCUAGACGAGGAAACUUGCCCAGGGGGUCAACUUUAUACCAUGCGGUUCCGCGUCACGUCCAUCAUGAAUCAUCAGUUCCUUACCGCCACGAUGAUUCUAUGCUCCAUGCUUCAUCGAGGACAGACAUUGGAGCGCGAACAAGACAUUCGUGCAGCGCUUCAACGAUGCAGGGCAAUUUGGAUGAGACGGAGCGAGAGUUCCAAAGAAGCUAAGAAAGCGGCCGAGACUGUCAGCUUCGUUCUGGCCAGGGCAGAUGAUGGGCGAAGGCAUAAUCUUGCACUCACACAAGCCAUUGCGCACUCCGGUGGCCACUUUCCGCUCAACGGUGCUCCGUUUGACGAUCAUGAGGCCACAGGCUCUCUUCCAGGCGACGAUGCUACAGUAUCAUCGGAUUAUAUGAGCUUAUUUGAUCCCGACUACUUCAUGAUGAAUAGCUCUCUUAGCAGCUUCACGCCCCCAGGGCAGCCGAGCCAAAACUUUCCGCCAGCCCCGAACUUUGCAAUGAACAUGAACAGCAUGGAAAGGGGGCCUAGUGAAUGGAUGUCCAUGCCUUAG